GUGUGUGUGUGUGUGUUGCAGGCUGUUUGAGGAAGCAGCCACUAAGCUGAACCUGGUGGCUCUGGUUGGUUUCCUGCAGCAGCUCAGGAAGGCUUCUCAGUGUCAGCUGUUCCACUCUGUGACCGAGACCGGAGACUACUCACUGGCAAUGCCAGGAGAGGCCAAAUCGACUCUGGAGCGUCGCAGCGCUCUGCAUCUCUUCCGACUGGGCGAGGCCAUGCUGAGGAUCGUCAGGAACAGGAACCGGCCCCUGCUGCACAUGAUGAGGGCCUGGAGCGUCGUGGCCCCCCACCUGGUGGAGGCGGCCUGUCACAAAGAGCGCCACGUUUCCCAGAAGGCCGUGUCCUUCAUCCACGACGUGCUGACGGAGGUGCUAACGAGCUGGGCGGAGCUUCCUCUCUUCCACUUCAACGAGGCGCUGUUCAGACCCUUCGAGCACAUCAUGCAGCUGGAGCUGUGCGACGAGGACGUGCAGGACCAGGUGAUCACCUCCAUCGGGGAGCUGGUGGAGAUGUGUUCCCCUCAGAUCCUGUCGGGAUGGAGGCCUCUGUUCAGCGCUCUGAGGACGGUCCACAGCAGCAAGACGGACACCAAGGGGUACCUGCUGGGGGAAUACUCCAUGG